CCUUAUCUGUGCACCCGCCUCGAAGUUCUGAGCGCACCACGCCUCUAAUCAACGAAUCGUUCUUUCAGACGCAUCGAGAAGUGAUAUUACGUCCUCCUCGGGUGAAAAGAAGCUUUCACAACCAGCUCCCCUCUAGUAGUGGCAGCGUUCCUGUUGCAUAGUCAUGGCGUGUCCCAUCACCGUCUCGAAGUUCGUGGGCACAGUGUCCCUGGGGCUGCUCACGGGCAUGUCAUACUCCGCUUCGAGCGUCGCCAUCCCCUCCCUGAGUCUUCUUCCGACUGCCAGCACUGCCUCCCGGUCUCUCAAUGAAGUCAAGCGGUUGAGCCGUAAGCAUGGUCUGCGACUGACCAACAUUGCCAACGGAUGUUUCCUGUUCGCGUAUUGCCUCUCUUCUAGACAGCGCAAGCACCCAUAUCUCAUCUGGGUGUGUGUCACCUCCACCGUUGGCUCUUAUGCUUUCGACUAUUUGUUCCACCGCCAGGAUGGUUUCGUGGCCUGGAUUCAGUCUGUUCUGCAGGACACCGGAUGCGGCUUCCUGACCGUCCAGAAGCAAAAGAAAGAAGAGGAUAUCGUGGUGGUCGAGGCAGAGGAGAAUGUCAAUGGUGAAAGUGUACAGAAGGAGAUGAACACGGAGCGUCGAUUCCAGCAGGUGCGGGCUGUCUUCUCUGGCAUUGCCCUCGCCAUGGGUAUCGUUGGGCUUUGGGGCGACCGUCGGCCUUCCAUUUAAUUUGGACCAACUGGGUGUCGAAUGUGGUGUGCAUGAUGAGUCCUGCAGGGGCUUCAUUUUCUCCACUCCCCUCCCUCUGGUUUACUUCUAUCUUCUCUUUCUGUCUUAACACUUUUGGUCAAAUGUUCACGACCGCCACGAUGAGUCUGCUGUAUGUAUA